CAUUGGAAUUACCAUCGCCGGCCGCGAUAUCGGCGUAUGCUAACGCGCCUAGCCGGGGCCAGCCGGUUCUAAUGACCUUUGCAGACGCGAGACUAAUCGCCAAUCCGUGGAAAUGUUCCGUCGUCCCAUUGUUUCUCGCUCUGUGGGUGCAGCGAGGAGUUAUCUCUCCCGCGAACUUAUGCAAACCACGUCGUCGCGGAUGAAUAUAUAAAGUUGGAAUGGAAUGUCGUGCUUGAAGAAUUUGCAAUUUACUGAAUUAAUAAAUAUUUAUAAUCGAGAUCAAUAACAGCUGACGAUAUAUGCACCUGCGAAACAUUGUUAGAUAAUUACCAUCUUUUUUUUUUAAUGUUAAGGCAAAGAAUAAUCAUUAAUAAAGCAAAGCCGCAAAAGUCGCAAAAGAGCAAUCGAAAAUUCCAUCGGAAAUCGACCGACGUCAGUCUCGCUGGCAAAGUCCGAUCGAUCGGUUCCGAAGGAGUUUAGGGGGAGUCCCGAGGGGGGUCCACAAGCCGCGCGCCAUAGAGGGAUCCAAAGUCCAGAGUGGGGGGGUCUUAAAGGCAUCGGGUGCCGUCCGACUGUCGGAAUUCGUUGGUAGGGGUAGUCAGGUUAAAGCGUCACGCGCUGGAUCUCCCCACUCGUGCUCUCGCCACUGAAUGUCCCCUCCAACGAAAGCGCCGCCACCAGGCAUUCCACACGGGUGCCACGCUCCGGCCACACGGUAGAAGACGUUCGCCGUACGAGUUAGUCAAGCUCUGACACCAGUCGCGAGCGGUCGCGAGUCUAGCGGCAGCGAAGAGACGAGUAAGAAAAAAAAAUAAAGAGUCCACAACUAUUUCGUCACGUAACGUUUCCUUCGUCAUCCGGUUUUACAUUUUCGUCCAACAAUAUUCCAUCAGUUACCCCAUCGUCCGCAACGGAAUCGGUGGUACAAGAGGACACCGAGCACGGCAGAUAAUUGGAUUAUCAGUGAAGUGAUCGAUUUCGUUUCACAGUGCUUUUACAUUGAUCGUGAUUUACUUGACUUGGAAUUUCUUCGAAUUCUGUGAUACGGAUAGUAAAAUAUAGAAUAAUGGUGACCGGAGUGGGUGCCACAAUGCCGACGGGCGGUGUCACCGUCGGCGCUACUCCACCCGCGCAGCACGUGCCGCAAGAGGCUGGCCAACCUCCCGCACAAACUACCCCAACGGCCACAACGACUACGAGAAGAUCCGGGGAAAAUCGACGGAGUAAUAAACCCAUUAUGGAGAAAAGACGUCGAGCCCGUAUCAACAACAGUUUGAACGACUUAAAAACUCUCGUUCUGGAAUCUAUGAAAAAAGACCCAGCAAGACACUCCAAGCUUGAGAAAGCUGAUAUUCUGGAACUGACCGUGAAGCAUUUGGAGACUUUACAACGACAGCAAGUCGCUAUGGCUGCAGCGGCGGACCCGAACGUCCUCAACAAAUUCCGCGCCGGUUAUACGGAGUGCGCCAGCGAAGUUGGCAAGUUUCCCGGUCUGGAAGCCACGGUGAAGAGACGUCUGCUGAACCAUUUGGCUUCGUGCCUGGGCCCAGUCGAUGCCAGCAACGCCAAUGGCCAAACGACGGCAACUCAACAGGCUGUCCAACCGGCGCCGCCGACGACGCAAUUGCAAGUGCACAUUCUACCUCAACUUGACGCCACACCACGUAUUCAAGUCCAACAAUCGAAUGGCAUUUUCUUUACCAACACCAACGGUACCGCCCUGCAUCUGUUGCCGACCAGACUGCCGAAUGGUGACAUCGCUUUAGUACUUCCGGCGGGAGCGAAGGCACCAGUCACGUCAUCACCGUCAUCGUCCCCGGCGCCAAGCUCACCGUUACCAACUCUGAUCCCGAUUCCCCAAAGAACCGCGAGUACCGCGUCGGCAUCGUCGACAAGUUCGUCCAACAGCUCGACGUCCACGUCGGCAGGAAGUCCGGUGGCGUUUGAGGCACCACCGACGUCGUUCCGCGAGCAAUCCACCGUCUACAAUCCGGCCAACAGCCACAGGGACGUCGCCACAUCCCCGGCGAACGGCUAUUCCAGCGAACCGGAACUCGAUCCGCGUGUCUAUACCCCAGAACCUCUCCAGAAACCUCUCGCGCUGGUGAUGAGGAAAAGCGUGCUACCACCGAUCGAAGACAAACCAUGGAGACCAUGGUAAAAGAGAUAUAAGAAAGGUACGGACAUGACACGUGCGUGAUGAAGUGAUAUAAACUGAUAACGUGACAGUCCGCGGUCGAAAACACACCAAUUUGACGUUGAUUUACGCGUCGCGUAAAGAAUUCCGCGGAACGGAAACAUGUUCCUCAAUUACGUAGGUCGUUAUAGUCGAGCGGUCCCAUUCGUAGGAGGACAUUACCGUGAAAUAUAUAUAUAAAUAGAGGAUCGUUCAGAGACGCAAGUUUAUUCUUCCGAGUGCGCGUGCACAGUCGGCCAGUAGCCAAUGAGGCAGUGCCUUAUUAAAAAGUGCCUUGUAAUUAUAUCAUCAAAUUUCGGUAUGAGUCGAAAACGAGCGUGAACGAUUUCUCUUUGAACAUCUCGAAGUAUCGCCUCAAUCCUUUUUUUUUUUUGUUUUUUUCUCAUAUCACCCUAUUCUUCUUUCUUCUCACCGGUCCUCUUUGUAUAUAAGUUAUACACAAAUACUAUAUUUUAAGUGCCUUACGCAACAAGAAUCACCGAAGUCUUCCAUUCUGUUUCUUGUACGUAAAACGCUAAGUGAUUUGUAGUAUAUCGUUGUAAGUACAUGGAAAGAUGAUUUUAAUCGAUACGAUUUUAGGUUUAGAAUUACAUUAAGGAACCGAAUGCAAGCAAGAGUGUGUAUGAGAAAUUGUACAUAUGAAUGAUAAUCGCGAAAGAGAACACGUUAUUUAUAUUUAUACGAAUGCAAACACAAGAGGUUACAUUUAUAAUUUCUCUCUAUUAUGAGAAUAGACCGACGCUUAUCAUUGCAAGAGCAUCAAAUAAAUGUUGAUCUCUUUCUCAAUAUAA